AUGGUGAGAGCUUCAGCUAACUCCGUCAAUCCUCACGUUCAUUCCGGCGUUCGUAUUGUCGUCGCCGGUGACCAAGGUACCGGUAAGUCCAGUCUCAUUAGCACCGCCGCCUCCGAGAAUUUUCGCCCUAAUGUCGCCCCGGUGUUGCCUCCAUCUACGCUUGCUCUGGAUCUCUAUCCAGAUCAUGUGCCAAUCACCGUCAUCGAUACUACCUCCUCUAUUCCAGACAUUGAUAGAGUUUCUGAAGAACUAAAGCGAGCUGACACCGUUCAACUUAGAGGUGAGGGUUCCUGUUAUAGUGGUUGGUUGUAA